AUGGCACCCUCAAAGUCUAUCGAGAUGCAACCUCUGCGAGAAGGACUCGGCACCAUCUUUCUCCGGUCACAAUUCUGCACUAAGCCUCAAUGGCCACCAACUUCAACGGACUUGUCUGAGAAAGUGGCCAUUGUCACUGGAUCCAACAUCGGGCUAGGUUUCUACUCAUGCAUCCAUCUGCUUUCCUUCAAACUUUCCCAUCUCAUCCUAGCCGUACGCUCGGUCAAGAAAGGAGAGGACGCCGCCUCGAAGCUCCGGGCGCAGAACCCUAAAGCGAAGAUCGAGGUUUGGGAGCUCGAUAUGGAAUCCUAUGAUUCUGUUCAAGCUUUCACACGCCGUGUUGAGACAGACUUGACCAGGCUCGAUAUCGCCAUCCUGAACGCGGGCAUUGUGAAUCAAGAAUUCUCUCUGAACACCAAGACUGGCCACGAAGAGAUCAUCCAAGUCAAUUACCUUUCGACCAUGCUUCUAGCCGUCCUUCUCCUUCCAGCAUUGAAGACCAAGUCACCCGUAGGGAGUCCAGGUCGUCUAACAAUCGUCAAUUCUGGUCUCGCAUAUGGUGCGAAAUUUCCAAACCGGGAUAGAAACCCACUGCUUCCAUCAUUCGACGAUACGACGCUAUUCCCAUGGGACGCGAACGAGCGAUAUUCUUGCUCCAAGCUAAUGUGUCAGUUAUUCUUUGUGAAGAUGAUGACCUAUAUUGAGGCCGACAGUGUGAUUGUUAACCUGGUAGAUCCCGGCCUUUGUAAAGGAUCUGGCCUGCAUCGCAACGUGAAGGGUAUCGUCAGCGGGGCGAUGGCACUUAUGAAAAGUGCCAGUGGUCGAACUUUGGCCGAGGGCUCUUCUACGUACGUUGAUGCUGCGGUUGUUAAGGGCAAAGAAUCACAUGGCUGUUUUGUUUUCGACUGGAACAUUAUGCCUUUCCCGAAUAUGGUCUACGACUCUGAAAGUCAGGCUGUUAUCGACAAACUUUGGAUCGAGACAUUGAAGGAGUUUGAGUUUGCAGGCGUUCAAAGUAUCUUGCAGAACCUGUAG